AUGGCUGAAAAAUAUGAAAAACAUUCUAAAUAUCAUGCCUCAAAAGGUUCUAGGAACAGUAGCAGAAAAAGAAGCAGGGAAGAUAUGAAACAUCAAUCAAAGGAAAGCAAAACACCACCCUUACCAGUGAAAACUAGUAUUGAAGAAUUAAUGAAACAAAGGGAAUGCAUCAAAAAGGAACUAAAAAAUAUUGCAAAGUUAAAAAGUAAAACAGAAUACAAACUUAAAGAAAAUACUAGAAAACGUAAAUAUAACAAUUAUAAAAGUUCUAAUGAAGGUUAUGACAUAGAAACUAUUAAAAAUAAAAAAUCUGUAAAUAAAGAAAGUAAACAUAAAGAUCCUUCACCUGAAUUCACCCAAGAUUUUGCACAACUAGACUCUGAAGAUGAAGAACAUAUUAUAGAACAAAGGCGCAAACAAAGAAAACAAUUAUUAGAACAAUUACAUACAACAGAAACUAAAUUAAAUUUAAAUCAUGAGAAUGAAACCCUUGAAGAUUUCAAAGAAUUCUGUAUGAAAAGAGAUAUUAAGAAUCUGUCAAUUACGAAAACUACACCUGCAAAGGAUACUACGGAUAUGUUCUCUGAAGAAGACUUUGCUCCUAACAAUAUGUCAGAUAAUGUUACUCAAGAUAACCGAAAAGAAAGUUCACAAUUGAAAGAUAACUGGGAUGAUUCUGAAGGCUAUUAUAACAUCAAAGUUGGUGAUGUAAUAAAUAACAAUAGAUACACAAUCAAAGCCCUAUUAGGGCAGGGAGUUUUUGCUAAUGUCAUAAAAGCUCAGGAUAGUAAAAAUAAUACUGAUGUAGCAAUAAAAAUUAUAAGGAAUAAUGAUUUAAUGUAUAAAACUGGGUUAAAGGAAAUGGAAUUUUUAAAGGAAAUCAAAAGUGCUGAUCCCGACAAUAAGUACCAUUGUGUGCAAUUUUUUUCACAUUUCAUGCACAAAGGUCACCUUUGUUUGGUCCUAGAAUCUCUUCACAUGGAUUUAAGAAAUAUUCUUAAAAAAUAUGGCAAAAACCAUGGCAUUAAUAUUAAAGCAUUGAUGAGUUACAGCAGACAAUUGCUUCUCUCAUUACGGCUAUUGAAAAAGAUUGGCAUUGUGCAUGCUGACAUAAAACCUGACAAUAUUUUAGUUAAUGAAAAGAAAAACAUUUUAAAACUUUGUGACUUUGGAUCAGCAGCUAAAAUAAAUGAUAAUGAACCUACGCCAUAUUUGGUAUCAAGAUUCUACAGAGCACCAGAAAUUAUACUAGGAGUGCCAUACAAGCAUAGUGUUGAUGUUUGGUCAACUGCCUGCACAAUCUAUGAAAUGGCAACUGCAAAAAUCCUAUUUACAGGAAGUACAAAUAACAAAAUGCUAAAAUGUUUCAUGGACUUGAAAGGUAAAAUACCAAGUAGGAUAUUAAGAAAAGGAAAAUUUAAAGAUCAGCACUUUAAUUACAACAAUAAUUUUCUUCUACACAAAACAGAUGAAUUUACUGGACGAGAGAAGGUUGUAGAAAUAAACAAUCUCACAAUUACUAGAGAUUUGUAUAAGGAAUUAAAAAAAAGCUACAAAAGUCCAACUAGUAGUGAAGAAAAAAAGAUAGGACAGCUAAAAGACUUGUUAGACAAAAUGUUAAUAUUGGACUCAAACCAAAGACUAUCAGCAACUGACUGCUUAAAACAUUCUUUCAUUCAGGAGGAACUAAAC